UGUUUUUUUUUUUCCUAAAUUUUUUAUCCUCUGUUAAAAAAAAACAACAAAACAAAACUUAGUGCUCUCCCUCUUCUUCUUUUUGGUCUGUUGAUCUUUAACCAAUCACUUCUCGGAGGUCUCUCGAUCCUUCUCUCUCUCUCCCUCCCUCUCUCUCUUCUUCAAAAAAACAUUUCAUCAUUUUUCUCUCGUCAAGAGAAAAUCCAUGCGUUCAAGGUUUACGGUUACGAUCGUUAAAUCUUGAACCAAAAAGGUUGUCUCCGGCGUGUGGAUACACAUUAGCCGGGACCAACCCUUUAUAGAUCAAUGGCGACGACAAUGAAGGGUCUUCUUAAGGGCCUUCGUUACAUUACUCAGAUUUUUGAUGAAGAGAAAGAGCAGGAGAUGCAGAUAGGAUUUCCGACCGAUGUAAAGCAUGUUGCCCACAUUGGCUCCGACGGUCCAACCAACAACACGCCAAGCUGGAUGAAUGACUUUAAACCUCAAGAACAUGAGAAAGGUCAAGUCGUUUCCAGGGGAAAUUCAAACAAAUACAACCCGCAAGGGAUGAACCAACGUGGAGCCGGGCUAAAAGAGUUACUGCCUUCGAACACCAACGAGAAACCGAAACAUAAAACAAGGCGGAAACCCGGGGGAGCAACUUCUCCAAAUCUAAACGGGUCUCCGCCUAGAAGAAGUAGCGGAAGUGCUGCAUCAUCAGAUGAACCAUCAAAGCAUUCAAGACAUAACCGAAGCGCACACGGGUCAAUGGACUCAUCGAAUGAUCAAGAACCUUCAGUUCGUAGGAGGCGUGGUGGUAUCCCGGCUCCUGACACGGAAGUUUCUAAUCAUCUUGCUGAUGGUUCAGCUCCUCCACGGAAGGCUACAUCGCGUCCAAGGAAACUAAAAGGAUCAUCAGCAGGAGGAGAAGGUUCGGUUAAGAAAUCAGCGAAAGGAAAACCCGAGAAUUCAGUUGAUACUUGUAACGAUAUUAUCUGAGAAACAUAAACAAAACCAUGAAAUGUAUUUUUUGGGCCACCCGCAUGUGAGAGUUUGUUUUCGUUUCUCUUUAAAGUCACCGCUCACAAGAAAAAAGUUUCUGAUACAAGUCAGAGAUUCCAUUGAUACUUACCAAAUCUAGAAAGGAAUUGUACGAGAGCAAAAGGAGAAGCAAGAAAUGUAUAUAAACUUUGCGAUCAUCAAUCAUCAAUUAGCUAUUUCUUGCGAAGGUCUAUGCCAGCUUUCUUGGCAACAGCAUCAAGUCCGUUUUUCUCAAUGGUCUUCAAAGCCUUAGUUGAUAAACGAAGUUUGA